UUUCGCGUACAAAGAUAUUACUGAAGGACAAAUUAAAUAAAUAAUUUUUCUAUAUAUAAUUGUAUAUGAUAUAAAAAAAGUUAUUUUACUGUGUUAAGUUUUAAAAGAAACAUCAAAAUUUAUUCUAAACAAGAUCUCAUAAAAUUUUGUAAGAUGACCUUGGUAGGACUAGCGGCUCGAAAACAUUUAAUAAAAAAGCGUAAUGCAAAACUAGCGGCUGCCUUUCCUAAUGGAUAUCGAUGUCAGAAGUGUUUGGAAGUAGGACAUUGGUCAUAUGAGUGCACACAGAAAAGAAAAUUUGUGCAUCGUUCAUCUCGUACAAAAAUAUUAAAUAAGAGGCUUGCCGAGAAGAACGCUAAUGAUACUAAUGCAACUGACAUGACAGAAAAUGAAAACGGCUUAGGGAAACAUUCAAUGCCAUUUUCAUUAAAAGAACCUAAAUCUAAACACGCUAAACGCAACAAUGUCUCAUCAAGUUCCUCAGAUGAUAUGUCAAGUAACGACAGUAGCUCUUCUAGCGAUGAUUCGGACUCUGAUAGUGAUGAUUCUAGUGGCUCGGAUUCUGAUACGGAUAGCAGUACCUCCGAUUUAUCAUCAACCUCGUCAAGUAGCUCUGAAUCAGAUACUACUGACGAUGAUAAAAUUUCGAAAAAGAACUCUUCAAGCUCAUCAUCUUCUCUUGAUGAAGAUGAUAUAUAAUUUCCAUACUCAUUAGAUUAGUUUCAAUUACAUACAUAGUUUAUAUAUGUACAUUAUAUGCAUAA